AUGGUGCGUCAACUCCAUGAUGGCAUGGUGGCGCGCGUCAUAGACAGUGAAUCUGUCUCAGAGGCAUUCGCAGUGACCAACGGAGUGAAGGAGGGCUGUGUCAUCGUGCCCACCCUCUUCAGUCGUAUGUUCUCUGUCAUUCUGAUGGACGAAUACCUUGACGAAUGCCCCGGGGUCCGCAUCGCCAAUAGGACGGACGGCCAUCUCCUCAACCACAGACGGAUGCACUUCCAGUCGCAUGUAUCAACAACCACCGUUCACGAACUUCUCUUCGCCGAAGACUGCGCCCUAAACACCACCUCGGAAGAGGACAUGUAACGUAGCAUGGACUUCUUCUCCGCAACCAGCGAGAAAUUCGGUCGGAUUAUCAACACUGAGAGGACGGUUGUCAUGUACCAACCGACACCUAGAUCAGUUCCCCACAGCGUGAACGGAGCCCAACCGCAAUUGGUGGAAAACUUCGCGUAUCUGGUCAGCACCCUCUCCCGCAGCACCAGAAUCGACGACGAAGUUGCCCGUCGCAUUUCCAAAGCCAGCCUUACCUUUGGCCGUCUGCGGAACACCAUCUGGAACCCUCACAGUUUCCAUCUCAACACCAAACAGCAGGCACGGAGACUCAUCCACUUCCACCUCACUUGUCUUCCCCGUAGGUUGAAGCUGAGAUGGCAGGACUGGAUCCCCGAUACUGUCGUACUGCAGUGGACGGGACGCCUCGGCAUCUACGUCUUGCUGAGUCAGCUGCAACUGCGUUGGAGCGUCCACCACGUGAGGAUGGACAACGAAAGGCCACCCAAACGACACUUCUAUGGAGAUGUCGUCACGUGUUCCCGCCGCCAAGGAGGCCAAAUCCAUCGAUAUAAGGACACUCUGAGGACCUCCCUUAAGCGUCUGCAGAUCAACCCGGCCAACUGGAAAGACCUCGCUUGA